AAUUGCUUGAAUCAGUUUGUUUAAUACUUCAAAUGUUUCAUGCUUUCAGGUUUUAUCACUCUCUUCCGCCAAUAACCAAGGCAUAUGGCACUGCUUGCGUGUUGGCUACUGCCGCUUACCAUCUUGGAUUAUACAGUCCAAUUCAUAUUGCACUAUUGUACGAACGAGUGUUCUACGGUUUUCAGGUCUGGAGGUUAUUCACAAACUUAUUUUUCCUUGGACCAUUUUCUAUCAAUUUCGGGAUCCGUCUUUUAAUGAUAUUAAGGUACGGUGUCCAACUUGAGAAGGGACCAUUUGACAGACGGACUGCUGAUUUCUUGUGGAUGAUGAUAUUUGGUUUUGUCUGCGAUCCCUUUAUUGUGGUCCCCAUUUUUGGCAGUACCACUGGUUUUUAUGCUACUUUAUGUUUGGAGUAGAGAAUUUCCAAAUGCUCAAAUCAACAUAUAUGGGCUUGUUGCUCUUA